UUGCGCUACGGAAGCCGCGAGUGGGCAUUCCGGGACAGCGGUAACUUUCCCGGCGUGCCCCGCGGCUCCUGCGCCCUUGAACACUGCGGCCAAAAUGGCGACGGCCACCAGCUUCAUCCAGAGGCUUCGCAACUUCGCGGCGGGGCGGGAUCUCCAAGCCAAACUGCAACUUCGCUACACAGAGAUUUGUAAGAGGACUCAACCUCCUCCACGCCUUCCCGUCGGACCCAGCCAUAAGCUUGCGAACAAUUACUACUGUACUCGCGAUGGGCGACGGGAGACCUUUCCUCCCAUUGUCCUUGCAUCACCGCAGAAAAUCUUGGCCCCAGGACAGCAAGUUGGCAGCUCAGAAUCUUCUGUUGCACCUAUGGAGAAAAAACCUGUGACGCCCGGCUCUCCGCUGCAGAAAUGGGAACUGUCCAAAGACCAGCCCUAUCUGUGAGCUAUAGUGAUCAUUUAAGGCUGACAUUCAUCUGGAGUGCCUAGGUUGAUACCACUUUUGGGCAGAGGCUUUAAAACUGUGUGGAAGUACUUCUGGCCGUACAGACUGUCUUGUGGUCGGACCUGAAUAAAUAAACUCAACCCCUAACUUAAUCUGAA